AAAAAGAGCUCUUUUAUUUUAGGAACCAACAACAGUCUUGUUUUAUUCUCGAUUACCAAGUCAUUUAUUACAUCACAAAGGUCAUCAAGGUCGUUUAUGGUCAUGGUCACGUAGGCCAUUGGAUUGCCAAACUCUUGAAUCCGGCUUCUCGACUUUCUUUAUUUUCGUUUUAAAGUAAAAAAAAAAACUUGAGUUGUGGAAGGCUACAGAGUGAUAAACUCUUAUAAGAAUCAAGAUGCCUUCAGAACUAGCAGAAGAGAGAAAAAGAAUUGUCAUGGGUCCAGCCAAUCCAUCCAGAAAUAAGUGGGACUUAGGAGGGUUUCAGGCCGGUGGAUUCCUGGCAAAAGGAAUGGUAAUAGGUACCAUUAGUUUAGUAGCGUGUGUAGCACAUGGUGUGUAUAAUUAUAACAAACGUGGAAAUGUUGGAGCUUCCCCUUAUAUCUUAAAUUAUCGAGUGUUUGCACAGGGAGCUCUGUUGUUAACAGUAGCUGGAUCUAUUGGAUUAGAACUCGUUGCCAGUGAAUGGAGACGCAGGAAAGCUGCACAAGAAGACAAGAAAUAAACUUUAAUAUUUAAUAUAAAUUCUAACUUUAAAUUUAGUGGGGCAGAUUUAAAGUUAAACAAGCAGUAGCCUUGGAAAUUUUUUUUUUAAAGUUGAUUUCUAUGUAGACAAAGACGUCCAUGCUUUGCGAAUUGUUUACUUGUCACCUUGUUUACAUGUUUAUAUUUAUUAUGAUAUUUGAAUGUUACAUAACUUGUGAUAUAUGUUUACAGAAUUGAUAGCAUUAGUAUAUCUCAUUUUAAAAUAACAGACAAAAUACCAUAUUAAUUGUAUCAAUAAACAGUAAAACCAUCUCUUAGAAAUAUAACAAUAUAAAUAAACCGAUAUAUCCUAGUCCUACAUAAUUCUUUCUAACUAGGAUUAUGUCCCUUUAAAUAAUAAUAAUGUUGUUAAUUAUGCGUUUCAUUGUGAGAGUAUGAGAGCUCUGUCUUCAUUUUAUCAUAAUUUCCAGCUUAUCAUUAGCCAUAAAUUAGUGCUGCUGUCCAUUUUGAAAUUUUUUCAGCUGUACACUGGAAGUUAGUAGGUUAUAAAGCUCUAUUUCUACUCCAACUUCUUGUGGCAUAUCGUUGGAUACUUCUGUCUGCAGCACAAAUAAAUUUAGGAUUCUGGACAUGUAUUCUCAAUACGAUCUUAGCACUAGGAUGUGCUAGAAUCAAUGUUAGAAGAUAAAAACCUAGGAUAUCCUAGCACUAAGAUCGUUUUGAGAAUACAGAAAAUUAGGACGUAAGACUCCAUUCAUUUCAUUUCAUUUCAAUAUUUCUGUUUUUCAUUUAUCACCCUGUAGAUAGUUUUGAUUAAGAUUAUUUGAUGGUACUAACAAUAAAACACAGGGGCCAGAAUCAGAUAUCCUUAACAUAAUUUAUCAAUUACAAUUUAUAUUUAAUAGUUGCAAUAUAUAUAUCAUAUACAUUAUGAUUAUUAUUAUUAAAGAUAGUCUUUUAGAAAGAGAAGCUUAUGCUUUUGACAAGCUAUAUAUAUAAACAUCUAUACAUUGCUUGUAUCUCUAUCAGUUGGUAAUGCAUAUAUUUAUACAAAUAGACAUAUAACUGAGUGAAAGUGAACUACACAUAUAGUCAAAAUUGAGCUCUAUCAUCUGGUAAAAAAAAAAUUAUCAUAAGUAUGCAAGCUGAAAUUGAGCUUUAUGUGCUGGUAAAGCAACCCCGUUGACAUAAUUUUUGUUUUCUUUUUGAAUGUGGUACAUUUCAAGAUUGGGACCACUGUAGAAAUAAGCUUUAAAGGGGAUAGUUUGUAUAUUCAUUUUUAUACCCAAAUGUAGGUCUACCUCAAGACAAAAAUGAAUAAAUAUAUAUGCAUCAUGGUCAUUUAAACCACAUUCAAUCCACCUUUAAAAAUAAGUACCUUACAUUUUCUGGUGUAUUUGGGAAAUGAUGCUAUUAUGCAUAUAACAAGAGUAAGAUUGCUGUGGAUUGUGAAUCUAUAUAUUGUUUGUUUGUGUUGUUUGUAUUGAAUUAUUAUAUUAUAUAUAUACACGCUAUUUUAAAGUAUGAUCAGUAAAGCAGAGGAAAAUUAAAAGAAUUUAAUUUUAAAUGAC